AUGAAUUUUCAAAAAACUUUUAAAGACGUCAAACCGCCUGAUAAAGGAAGCUUUCCACUGGAUCAUGAAGGAGAAUGUAAAGAAUUCAUGGUAAAAUAUGUCAAGUGCCUGAGAUCAAAUGACAAUGCUAACUCAAAGUGCAGAGUUCAAUCGAAAGAUUACCUAGAAUGCAGAAUGAACCAUGAUUUAAUGAAGAAAGAAGAUUUCAGAAAAUUAGGAUUCUCCGACCUCAUCAACAAAGAAACGUCAAUUGAUAACAAAAACAUUUAA